AUGAGUAACCCUCUGGAGGACCUUAGGGAAGAGGAGAUCUUUGCUCGCAUUCGUUUCUGGCCGGAUACGAUCUACUUUAUUGUUGAUUUAUGCCCGGCAGCUGCCCGGGACACAGGCAGAUGCUUCGCAAUACCUUUGGUGUUGUGUGUUUUAAGCUAUCUGCGGUGUUUGGCAACAGGAGCUUUCCAGUUGACUGUCGGUGACACUGUCAACCUGAGCCAUCCCACAGUAAGCAGAGUUUGCCGCCAGGUUGGACAGGUGCUUUCUGCUCUUGCAGACCGGUAUAUCUGCUUCCCCUCCGGUGAUCGUGUCCGCCAAGUGAAGCAGCAGUUCGGUGCCAUGGCUGGCUUUCCCAACGUUGUCGGGGUAAUUGAUUGCACCCAUUUAACGAUAAAGAAGCCAUCGGCCAAUCCUGAGGAUUACAUUGGGAGGAAAGGAGUUCCUACAAUAAAUGUUCAGGCUGUACUUCGGAGGAAGUUGAAUUGUUCUCAAGAAAGGGCGUGUAUGAAUAUUAGAAACUGCAUCACAUUGCACAAUCUGGGGAUCGAUCGCAGGGAUAUUGAUACUGUGGACCCAAUCGACCCCAAUGAUAACACACAUUAUCAUGGAGUUGAUGUUGGGGACAACAUUGAUGGGAGGGCCGCCAGGGAGUACGUGAUCAGAAUGUACUUCGAGCGAUAG